GUAUGUAAAAAAUAAUAAUACAGAAUCGAAUUUUCUUUAUCCGUAUUUCUAUUGUGUAAAUUAAUGUAAUGUUCUUAAUGUGUUGGAAGCGUCUGAUUCUAUACAGUACCGUUAAAUUCAACAGUUGAAUUCUGAAUAUUUACUAUCUUUACCCAGUGAUUAACAAAACUAAUACCUUUUUAUUCUGUUUAGAAUAAUUUUUUUUGCUUUUUUUUCAUAUUUUAUAAAGUAUCUUUUAGAUAUGGUAAAUGAAAUAUUUAUUCCGAGUCAAAUAUGUUCAAUUUAAUAAAAGCAGAUGGAACAUAUUAAUUAUUUUUAAUUUUAUGUUAAUUGAAUUAAUAUUUACAAUUUGAUGCUAAUUAUAUAUAUAUAUCAUAAUUGUAGUAAUUUAUCGUAUAUUUUAAUGACCUUGAACUCAGUUCGAUGCAGUUGAAUGCCCGAAACGCUGUCAGCAUGGCCAAAGAUUGGAGAACUAUUUUCGUAACCGGAGGAGCUGGUUACAUCGGAAGUCACUGUAUUGUCGAACUUCUGGAGAGUGGAUAUGAUGUGGUUGCAAUAGAUAAUUUUGCUAAUAGUGUUACUGAAAGUAGCGGUGAAUCCGCAGCUCUUAAAAGAGUGGAACAAAUUACAGGGAAGAAAGUUACAUUUUACAAUUGCGAUCUCAUCGAUCGUGACAAACUUGAAACAGUUUUUAAAAAGCACAAAAUAGAUUGUGUAAUUCAUUUUGCGGCAAUAAAAGCGGUUGGUGAAUCAAUGCAAAUUCCACUUCAUUAUUAUCGGAAUAAUAUUAUCGGUGCCAUCAAUUUGUUAGAGGUAAUGAAAGCUGCUGGGUGUUUCCAAUUAGUAUUUAGCAGUUCUUGUACCGUGUACGGAGAACCAAACGUCCUUCCAAUUACGGAAGAACACCCGACGGGAAAUAUUACAAAUGUAUAUGGUAGAACAAAGUACUUUAUUGAAGAAAUGCUUAAAGAUAUAUCGAGAGCUGAAAAGAAUUGGAAUAUCAUUUCUCUAAGAUACUUUAACCCAGUAGGUGCUCAUCAAAGUGGUUUGAUUGGAGAAGAUCCUACAAAGUCAUUUACAAAUUUAAUGCCUUAUAUAGCACAAGUAGCUUUAAGACAUAAACCUGAACUCAUCAUUUUUGGUGGUGAUUAUCCUACAAAAGAUGGUACAGGUAUACGUGAUUAUAUUCACGUUAUGGAUUUAGCUGCUGGUCAUGUAGCAGCUUUAAAUGCUUUACACAAACGACAUUUGAGGCUAAAAAUUUAUAAUUUAGGUACUGGUAAAGGUGUAUCUGUACUUGAAUUGAUUAAAAUUUUUGAGAAUGUCACAGGAACAUCAGUGCCAUACGUUAUAAAAGACAGAAGAGAGGGUGAUAUUGUUUCUAUGUAUGCCAAUACAGAUUUAGCAGAAAAGGAAUUAGAAUGGAGGACUAAAUUUAAUGUCGAACGGAUGUGUGAGGAUUUCUGGAGGUGGCAAACAAUGAAUCCACAUGGUUAUCGUAAUUCAGUAAAAAAUGGUAUUAGCGAGCAUGUAAAUGGCACUUUAUAAUACUGUUACUUCAUUAUUAUUAAAGCAUGAUUAAUUUAUAAUAAUAAAAUAAGUGCAAUAAAGAAAACAAUAGUAUUCAAAUA